UCUCUCUUUCUCUCGCUCAUAAAAUCAUCAUCAUCCUCGUCGCCGCUCGUCUCCUUUGGCUUUCAAGAGAAAGGAACGAACCGCUGCAGCGAGCCGGUUCAGGCGCCACCGCCGUUGAGUUCGCCGACGAUAUCUUGUACGUUAUGCCAAUGGAUGUUCCUCCGUAUGUUGGAUUACUUUGCUGACGUUGUUAGGAUCUGGAGUAAUCUUAUUUUUGCUCAGGAUUGAAUUCGGAGGAGAUAUAGGGUUUAUUUUGUUUGAAGGUUAACGGUUCUUGAAUCUAUAUUAUAGGGAUUGGUUUUUGGAUUGAUUUACAGAACAGACAAGAUAGGUGUAGGCUAGAGGAUAAUGUGUAUACUUUGCGGGAUUCAGAAGUGGUCUCGUCGUGUUGCUACCAUGCUUCCAUGGCUAGUAAUUCCUCUGAUUGGACUUUGGGCUCUUUCUCAGUUGUUGCCUCCGGCUUUUCGGUUUGAAAUCACAUCACCUAGGUUGGCUUGCGUGUUCGUGCUUUUAAUUACUCUAUUCUGGUAUGAGAUUUUGAUGCCGCAGUUGUCCAUUUGGAGAGCGAGAAGAAAUGCUCAGCUCAGAGAGAGGAAGAGGUUUGAAGCCAUCGAAAUGCAGAAGAUUAGGAAGACUGCCACAAGGAGGUGUCGCAACUGUUUGAAUCCCUAUAGAGACCAAAACCCUGGUGCGGGCAGGUUUAUGUGUUCCUAUUGUGGUCAUAUUUCUAAAAGACCAGUUUUAGAUCCUCCCCUGCAGCCUGACCUCGGUCUCUCGAAUUAUGGAGUUUUAAAGGAUUUGGUAGGGAAAGGCGGGAAAAUAUGGUCUGAUAGCACUUGGAUUUGUGGUCAAGAAUGGUUAGAGAAUGGUAAUUGGGUUGGUGGGCAAUUUUCUGGGAAUAAUUAUGAGAAGAAGAGUGGUUUUGGGAUUUUCAGUGGUGACGAUGAUUGUAUGGCAGAGAAGUCAUAUUUCCCUGUUGUUACCUUCGCUUGUAAAAUAUUGUCUGCUUUAUUCUGGAUCAUGAGAUUGCUUUGGUUAAAGGUCACUAGAUUUAGUUCACUAAGAGAGGACUCCUCGCUAGAUGCAAAGCAGAAGAAUUUAUUAGCAAAACAGGGUGAAAAUGGGGUGAAUUUUCAAGAAAGUAGAGCAGAAAAGACGCGCAGAAAAGCAGAAGAGAAGAGACAAGCCAGAUUAGAGCGGGAAUUAUUGGAGGAAGAAGACAGGAAGCAACGAGAAGAGGUUGCCAGGUUGAUCGAGGAGCGAAGGAAACUUAGGGAUGAAAUCAUGGAGGUUGAGAAAGAUCGUAGAAGAGGGCUAACAACAACUUGUGCUCAAAAAGAUCGAAAGAAGCAAGCUGAGAAGAAACGUCAGGAAAGAAAGAAGGAAAAAGACAAUUCGGAUGCUGAGGAAGUAGAGAAGCGAGGUGGUAAGGAAGUCGAGAGGAAAAAAGAGUUGCACGAAAAGAAUGAUACAGAGAGACGAGAAUAUGUUAAGGGUAAUCAUAGCAGGGGAAAUGCUGGAACACAUUAUUACCUUGACAGAGUGAAAGGAACUAUUUUAUCUUCUUCAAAGGCAUUUGGUAGUAGUAGUAGUAGUUUCUUCAGGAGAGGAGGAGUUAACACUUCUUCAACAGUUUCAAGAGAAAACAAAUCCAGCAUCUCUGUAGAUCAUAUUUACUCAUCUGGCAACAAAAAGGAUUUACCUCAGCCUGGAAAAUCAACUGUGAAUGGAGAUGAUAAGAACAUAAACCGUCCUCCUGUAACAGUUGAUCCUGAAGCAACAUCAGCCCCAAAGAAAUCUUGGCAUCAUUUGUUCACUGGCGCAUCUGGUCCAGCUAGUUCAAAUACAAUAAGUAAACCAAAUAUUUCAAAUUCAAAAGGCCAGGGUGAAGUAGAAAGCGGCUCUCCUCCUCCUCCUCCUCCCUUGUCUGAAUCUACAACAACAUAUGAUAAUCCUAUAAAUUUUGGACUUCCAGCACCUUUUACUUCACCUAAUUUUCCACAGAUUCAAACAAGUUUGUCUCCGCAUGAUUUUCUACCUGAAGAGUUUGAGAUAUUUGAAGAUCCAUGUUAUAUUCCUGAUCCAGUGUCUCUACUUGGGCCUGUUUCAGAGUCACUAGACAAUUUUCAGUUAGAUGGUUUCAACAAUGGAUUAGAAAAGUCUUAUGCUUUGAAGAACAUUUCGGUUGAAAGGCCUUCACCUAUUGAGUCUCCACUAUCACGAGCACGGGCUAAUUCUUCUUCUUUGUGUAAUGAAAGGCAUUCGAAUAAUUAUAAUUUGUUCCCAAGAAAAACAAAGUCUGAAGAGAUUCCAAGCUUCCCGGGAUUAGAUGUUCCAAGUAGCAGUGAGUUGGAAGGAACUUAUCAGAUGUGGAAGACAUCUCCACAUCUGGAUCAUCAAAAUGACCUAGGUUGGCUAUUUCAUCCUCCUGAACUAAACAAGGAAGAGACCAUGCUGCUGAACCAUCAUCCAUUCUCCCAAAGUAGUAACAUGGCAGCCUCAUUGUUCAGUACUAAAGAUGAUGAACAGAUCCACCACCAAGGUUUUGGAACAACAACAUUUGGAAACUCGUUUUCUCCCUUGUUGCUUCCAAAACCUCCUACAACAGCUGGACCAUUAUUUAAUCUGGAUGUGUUGUCUCCACCUCCCAAUUGGCACAACAGCAGGAAUGAAGGGGUUCGAUUGCAGCAGGGUUCAAGUACUAAUCAUGUUGUUGGUGGUGGCCUAUUUUCUCCCCCUGAGAUGCAUUCACUUUGGUCAUUUGAAGGUGAAAAUCUCGAUAGAAAGAGGGACUGACUGAACUACAUCCGAUGAGAGGAGGGAAACCUUACCACCUCUUACGGUAUAUAGAGAGUUGUUAGAAUGAAUGAAUGAAUAUAUUGUAUCUUCUUCCUUGGUGUCUUUUUUAAAAAGGAAGAUUUUUACUAACAUUGAGCAUAAAUAUACAAGGGAGUAAGUAUAUGACAACUUUGUGCAUGAUUUGGUUCAUGUUUUUUCAAAAUUAUCAUUUA